CCCCCCCCCCCCCCCCCCUCUCUCUCUUUCUCUGACCAGAGUCACCAGUCUCAAAUUUAGCAAUCUCUGUCACCUCUUUAAACCUCACUCCCUCGAUUUUCUACAACCGUGACGCCUGCAGUGUCCGCUUCAUCCUCCGCCUUCUCUCUCUAGAUGCAUAUCUUUCUCUCUCUACAUCGCCCACAGGGAUGAGGCUUCUGAGGAGGAUCGCGGGGUUUCUAGGGUUUGCGAAUCACGAAUCGCACGAAGUAAAGGAUGAAAACGAAGACAAUGAAGAUCAUGAUGAUGUGAGUAGUAGAGUAGAAACUCAUCUUCCUCGUAAAGGGUUCAGUGUGCCCGUUCACGUGCCCGUUGAGAGAGCUCAAGUGGGCCCAGUUGUAAUUCCCUGCAGCGUAGGCGAGGGCGGCGUUCAGGGUUUGAGAUGGUACGCAAGGCGUCUCAGGAUAGAUGAAGAUGGAGAUGUUGCAGAUGAGUUCCUCGAAGAGGUCUUACCGGAUACAUUAUCUAGUACGAAUGAUCAUCAUCGACCAUUACCAAGCUUUCAAGUGAAGUACAGCACUAGACCAGCUAAAGUGAGGAACCAGACGCUACUUGAUGGUAAAAUCCAACAGCAUGUGGAACACCAUGGCAGAUUGCAGUGGGUGUGAUGGAAUUUGAGAAAGCAUCUAUGCGAAUUGGGGAUCAGGUUUUCAUUUGAACUGUUCACUGGGCGAAUAUUUGAUUACUCAUUCUUCUGGAAUAGAUUUGUGUUUGAUUGGAGUGGUAUGAACUGCAGUUUCGUGCACCCUAUUGUUCCAAUCUUGUAUUUUAAAGAUUCUCUAUCCUUUAAGGAUUUUCUUUGUAUUUUUCUCUGCUAUAAAUUACUAGGGAACUGGUUCUUAAAUCCCAUGGAUUAUAUAUGUAAGUUACUUUGAGCCAACAAUCUAUGUACACAAAACAUCAGAUUGUGACCAGUCAUUUUUUUCCUUCCA